UAACAAGUCGAGGGGAUUUGUAUCUCGACUCUUUAUUCAAUAAAGAUUUUGCGUUAAAAAAAACCAAGUUGUGUUGAGUCUCCCUAAAGUGUUCCCUGACCAAUGACCAUAUAAUUUCCGUUCCCAACUCAGAGUUCAACUGUUGAAUCUGCAUCUUGACUCCUAUUUCGAAACCAGGAUGGAAGCCAUUGCUUGUCUUAUCUUGGAAAAACUGAGCUCUUCAGCUAUCAAAGAGUUUGGAAUCAUUUGGAAUCUCAAAGAUGAUCUACAAAGAAUGAAGAACACAGUCUCUGCAAUAAAAGCUGUGCUCCGUGACGCCGAGGCCAAGGCCACCACUAACCAUCAAACUAGUAAUUGGCUGGAGGAGCUGAAAGAUGUACUCUAUGAUGCAGAUGACUUACUUGAUGAUCUGUCUACAGAAGAUUUGAAGAGGCAAGUGAUGAUUGGAAAUAAGUUUGUGAGAAAGCUACAAAUCUUCUUCUCAAAAUCAAACCAAAUUGCCCAUGGUCUUAAAUUAGGCCAUAACAUGAAAGCAAUUCAGAAGAGGCUUCAUGAUAUUGCUAAUAAUAAACAGGCACUGCAAUUGAGUGACCACCCUGUGGAGACUCCAACUGCAUAUAGGGAACAAAGACAAACUUACUCUUUUGUGAGUAAGGAUGAAGUCAUUGGGAGAGAGGAUGAAAAGACACUCCUUACAAGCUAUUUACUACACAACAGUGUGACAGAUGAUGUUUCUGUGAUUCCAAUUGUUGGGAUUGGAGGAUUAGGUAAGACAACACUUGCUCAACUUGUUUAUAAUGACAAUGCUUUCCAAGACUAUUUUGAGCAAAAGAUGUGGGUGUAUGUCUCAGAUGAAUUUGACAUUAGGAAAAUAGCUCAGAAGAUGAUUGGGCAGGGUGAGAAUAGUGAGAUUGAGCAAGUGCAGCAAGACCUCAGAAACAAAAUUCAAAGGAAGAAAUAUUUUCUUGUGUUGGACGAUGUGUGGAACGAGGAUCGUGAACUGUGGCUUAAAUUGAAGAGCUUGCUCAUGGAAGGUGCAAAGGGAAGCAUGAUAAUUGUAACGACACGGAGUCAGACAGUAGCGAAAAUAAUGGGCACACAUCCACCCCUUUUCUUAAAAGGUUUGGAUUCACAAAGAUCUUGGAAGCUAUUCUCUCGAGUGGCAUUCAGUGAGGGAAAAGAACCAAAUGAUUUGGAGUUGUUGGCCAUAGGAAGGGACAUUGUUAAAAAAUGUGCUGGCAUUCCUCUUGCAAUAAGAACUAUUGGUAGCCUCUUGUAUUCUCGAAAUUUAGGCAGCAGUGAUUGGCUAUAUUUCAGGGAUGUUGAGUUUUCAAGGAUAGAGCAGCACAAGGACAAAAUCUUUGCAAUCCUUAAACUGAGUUAUGACCAUCUUCCCUCAUUUAUGAAAAACUGUUUUGCUUAUUGUUCAUUGUUUCCUAAAGGCUUCGAGUUUGAGAAGAAAACACUCAUUCAGUUAUGGGUAGCUGAGGGAUUCAUUCAACCAGGAAAUGACAUUAGAUGUGUAGAAGAGGUUGGUCAUGUGUACUUCAUGAAUCUGCUGUCAAUGUCAUUCUUCCAAGAUGUCACUAUGGAGGAUUGGGGUGAUGUAAGUACUUGCAAAAUGCAUGACCUAAUGCAUGAUCUAGCACAAUUAGUGGUUGGAAAAGAAUAUGCUGUGGUUGGUGGAAAAGAAGCAAACAUAGGAAACAGAAUACGUUAUUUGUCUUCUCAUACCGUGUUGCAUUUUUCACAGACAACAUCCUCUUCCUACAAGUUAAGGACAUAUCUCGUGCUAAGUCAACAAAUUCAUGCUAGAAAUUGUUUGGAUCAGUUGUAUUUUGAUUCUCUUCUAGGCCUAAAGUGCUUGCGAGUGUUAACACUUAGCGGACCAGGUGUUUUCGCAAUUCCAAAAAUUUUUAAAGAGUUGAAGCAUUUGAGAUAUGUCGAUCUUUCAAGGAAUAGAGCGCUUCAAAUUCUUCCAUGGGUCAUUACUAGUCUACAUCACCUGCAAACUCUAAAACUUUCUGAAUGUCCUGAUCUCACAGAAUUACCAGAAGAUAUCAAUAAAAGUCUCAGGCAUCUUGAGUUGAAUGGUUGUGAGGGAUUGAAAUGUAUGCCGCGCGGGUUGGGACAGUUGACCAAUCUUCAAACACUAACACAUUUUGUGUUGGACCGCAGAAGCACAAGAUGCAGCAGUGUAAAUGACUUGAGUGGACUAAACAACCUUAGAGGGAGAUUAGAAAUCAAAUGGUUGGAUUCCCUGCGCUAUAAUGCUGGGGAGGUUGAGUGUGCCAAGGUUCUUCUUGAGAAGAAACAUCUACAAGAAUUGGAGCUGCGGUGGUGGUAUGAUGUGGAGGUUAGACCAAGUCCAUUAUUUCGGGAGGUUCUUGAUUUAGACAGUGGGUCGGAAAUAUCAAAACCAGAAGUAAACAACAACUGGUUGGAAGAUGAGAUGAUCUUACAAGGAUUGCAGCCACAUCACUCGCUUAAAAAACUAGUAAUAGAUGGAUUUUGUGGGAAAAGGUUACCAGACUGGAUAGGGAAUCUCUCAUCGCUCGCGAGUCUUGAAAUCCGUAAUUGCGGUGGUUUGAAAUUGCUACCUGAUGGAAUGCAUAACCUCAUGUCUUUAAAGAAAUUAUGCAUAUAUAACUGCUCACUGUUAGAGAAAAGAUGUGCAAGACCAUAUGGUGAAGACUGGCCUAAAAUUGCUUGCAUCCCAAAAGUUGUGAUCUCUCCCAUGUCACCGUCCGCUAUGAAGUAUUUUACUUGAUUCAAGAUCUUUCCCUGGUUGUGGAGGAGUUUCUGAAUCUGCUUUCUUGAUCUAAUCUCCAUGUAUUUGAUCCCUUGUGUGUCAUCCGGCCUCCAUAGUCUCUUCACUCAGCUUCCCUGAAGGCUUAAAAAUCCACCCGUAUUCAUGUGAUUUCUUUUGCACUUAGAUAGCUUUAUACAGUUUUCUUUCUUCUCUUGCCUCAUUCAGUCUUGGUCUGUGCUUUCCCAUUCUGUGUAUGACUCAUGUUGGGAUGAAUGAAAAGAAGGCAGCAAAGUCUCUUUAUUU